AUGACCGACACCACCCCGCGCCAGAUCGCCCUUGUCACUGGGGGCGGGUCAGGCAUCUCGCUAGCCUUUGUCAAGAAGAUUCACGAGGCCGGUUACCAUGUUCUAAUCGCAGACCUUACUCUUCAUCCCACCGCCUCGACAUGGAUAGGCUCACUGCAGCCAAGCGAUGCAGACAGGGUCAAGUUUUUCAAACUCGACGUCACAGACUGGGCUCAACUCGAGGCAGCAUUUGACUACUGCGUGAAGAUUUUCAACGGCACACCUACCGUCGUGGUACCUGGAGCUGGUGUCUACGAACCCUCAAGCAAUUCCUUCUGGGAAGACCGAGAUAGCGACUCGAGGUACAAGGUUCUCGACAUUAACCUCGUGCACCCUAUUAAGACUACACGCAUUGCUGUGCGGAGGCUUGUCGAAGCCGAUCUUCCGGGAACUAUAAUCCAUCUGUCGAGCAUUGCUGCCCAGAGAGCAAGUAUCAUCACUCCGCUAUACACUGCUUCAAAGCAUGCACUGAGCAGCUUUGUUCGAGGUAUGGCACCUCUUGCCCAAACCUCGGGAAUUCGGGUCUUGGGAGUUGCACCAGGAACCGUGUCCACACCACUAUUCUCAGAGAAACCCGAAGCAGCCAAAUUUCUUGACAUGGAACGAGAUUAUCUCCUGCCGCCUGAUGCUGUGGCCAACGCCAUGAUGGCUCUACUCACUCAGACUGAAGAGUUUGAGCCAGGCACUAUGUUAGAAGUCUGUCAUGAGACGGAAUGGAGGAAGGUAUCUCUUCUUGAUGACCCUGGGCCGCAGGGCCCUGCUAGUCUCACUAGUAGGAAGAAAGAUGCAGUGAAGGAUAUCUACAAGUACCUGGCUCCUGGAAAGGCCUCAGCAGAUGGUAUUACAACUGACUAG